AUGGCAGGCAAAGCAUUCCCACCGGGCGUAUACGCGCCUUCUUUGACAUGGUUCUCGAGCGACCCUCAACAGGAAAUCGAUUAUGUGCUUCAGGCCCGACAUACCGAGUACCUCGUCCGAUCUGGUCUAACGGGAGUGGUGAUCGCCGGCUCUAAUGGCGAGGCUGUGGCCCUUUCCAAUGCAGAGAGACUCAAGUUGAUAUCUCUGACGCGCGAAAUCGCCAUCCGGAACGACCGUCCUGAUAUGCCAGUCGUCAUCGGCACUGUCGGGCAAGCAACCAAGGAGAUCAUAGCUCAGCUCUCUCAGGCCAAACUUGCAGGGGCUGACUACGGACUGGUUCUGACUCCGAGUUACUUUCAUUUUGCCAUGAACCCAAUUGCCAUCGAGAACUUCUUCGCCGAGGUUGCUGAUGCCAGCCCCAUCCCCAUCCUCAUCUACAGCUGGCCCUUGGUAACAUCCGGAAUUGAGAUCAACUCGGAUAUCAUGGCCAAGCUCGGGAAACAUCCAAAUAUUGUUGGCACCAAGCUGACCUGUGGCGGUAUUGCCAAGUUGGCCCGUAUCGCGGCAGAUUUUGGGCCAGAAGACUUUUGUGCACUAGCUGGCCACAGCGAGUGGCUUCUUCCGGCGCUGAGCGUAGGUGGGACGGGCUGCAUUUCCGGUUUCGCCAACCUAUGCCCAAAGGCCUGCGUGGAAAUCUACCGGAAUUACAAGGAGGGAAAAGUUGACAAAGCCAGGGAGCUGCAGUUUUCCGUGGCCAAAGCCGAAUGGUGGCUGAAUAAGACCGGUAUCAAUGGGACUAAGUGGAUCGUUGCAAGGCUGCUUGGAUACGACGAGUCCAAAUGUGCCACUCGGCGGCCCUAUCCUCUCUUUACCGACAUCAAAGCCCAGCAGGACAUGCUGGCUGCGUUGGCUCCUAUUCGGGGACUAGAAAAAUAA